GUAAAAGUGCCACGUGGCUUGUGAAGAUGAGUAGUGGAGAUUCUUAUUGGACGGAAGAGUUCGUGUGGGCGCCGCAAAACAUGUGUCCCUCGUUUCGUUUCAUAAAAUUUUGGACGCUUUUCGGCUUACGUGUUGGCGUUGGACCCCCUAAUAAUCUUGUGGUUCGCAGUCUUAAGCCUUUUCCUCUACUCUUUGGUUUUUGUUCGCGGUUCCCCUGGGAUCGUGCAAUGCACGUGCGUGAAUCCAGCACUGUCGUUGACGAAACAUUCGACAACGACUUCAAAGAAAUCACAGGGGUUGAUUCAUUUCCGGAAAACUCAAGCCGGAAUCAUGACGACACUCCGCCGGGCUCAAAGUCUAGUAAGAAGAAGAAGACGAAGAAGAAGAAGAAGAGACUUGUUAUCGAUAUAGUUCAAGUAUUGCCUUCUUCGCCGGUAAGAUGGAGGCAAGGAGGAGUGAAUUGCAAACGCCGACGCCCCAAGGUUGCAAUGGCUCAAUCGCGGCGCAUCAAUGGCGAUAUUGAAAAUGCGGGGUUUUUACUGGGAACUUCGUUAGCAGCUUUCGUUGGCCAGGUGCUUGAGAAGCAGGACGUGUCUGAUGGAAAAAUGUUUGUUGAUCAUCUAUCAACGAUAUGCACUUCGGCUAUAAGAGAAUCUUUGGUCAAUGUUUUUGGAGUGAAGCUUGAUUGCUUUUUAAAGAAUUUUGAGAGUUCAUUUGUUAGCACGCUAAGAACUCCACUAUCAACCACUAAAGCAUCUGCCAAAACUGAAGUGCAUUCCUCUAGCAAAUGCAAGGAAGAAAAAAACACAGUAGAUCUGACACUUGAUAAGAAAGAACCUUUUAAGACAGACACACAUGUUGAUGAUCAAUUAAGUUUAAUUGAAGAAAUACAAGAAAGCGUUUCUGAUUCGUAUACUCAAGAGUUACCUUUGUGUAAACUGAGAAAUGACAUGGUUUCUGUUGUUCCAUGGCUAGUUGGUUCCCGUGGCAACGAGUUAGCGGUUGAGACUUUUGAAAGAUUUGUCGUUGAGAAUGUACGUUCCAACAAUCUCAAGGAAAAAGAGAUUGACCUUAAAAUGAAGAAUUUAAAGUUGAAAGAAACACAAAUGCAACUCAAUUGUGAGUCAAACAAUCUUAAGGCUGAGAAGUUGAAGAAUAAGUUAGAAAACAGAAGACAUUCGGAACUACUUGAAACGUGCAUAGAUUGUCUUGUUGCUGGUUUAAUUAUAAUGUGUGUGGCCCUCUCUUAUGGUGCAUAUGUUUAUUCAUAUCACAACAUUUUUGAAGCUACUGCAAUCUGUACUUCUUCAGCCCAGGCAAGUGUUGUCCUUUUUUUCUUUUUAUUGUUUGUUUUGUACAGCCUUAGAUCUGCUACUUGUAUAUACGACAAUUUUCAUAGUUUCGGCUACAUAUGGUUCAAAACCAUGGUGGAUGCCAAAUCCUUUGGCAUCUUUGAACUCAAGGCUGCAUAUGUUGAAGUGUCAAGUUCAAGUUGUGAGUCGGAUGGCGUUUGGUGUGAUUAUGAUUCUUGUAAUUAUUUACUUGCUUCUCCGACGCUCCGCAACUUCAACCAGGGCAAUGCCAGUUACUUUCACCGUCUUGCUGCUCGGAGUUGCCUGCGGUUUAGUUGGAAAGUUAUGCGUAGACACACUGGGAGGAAACGGGUUGCAUUGGCUCAUGAUUUGGGAGACCUUGUGCUUGAUGCACUUAUUUUCAAACGUUUUUACGUCUACACUGUGUCUGAUCCUAAAUGGCCCGAUGGACGUUUCUCAGGGAAAAAAUCACCACACAAUCUUGCCGUAUUGGUUUCGCCGUGUUGUAUUCUACACUGUUUUGCUUGUGUUUAUGCCAUUGUUAUGUGGGCUAAUUCCAUUUGCAAGUAUUAG